AUGGCUCUGAUGGACAAACACAAACAGGUCAAGCGCCAGAGGCUAGACCGCAUUUGUGAGGGCAUCCGACCCCCCAUCCUGAACGGGCCUAUGCACCCACGGCCGCUUGUAGCGCUGUUAGACGGGCGCGACUGCACUGUUGAAAUGCCCAUCCUCAAAGAUGUUGCUACUGUGGCCUUCUGUGACGCACAGUCAACACAAGAAAUUCACGAGAAGGUGCUGAAUGAGGCUGUGGCCGCCCUGCUUUAUCACACCAUCACUCUCUCCAGAGAUGACUUGGAGAAGUUUAAAGGUCUCCGAGUAAUAGUUAGAAUUGGGUCUGGGUUUGACAAUGUUGAUGUCAAAGCAGCUGCUGAGCUUGGUAUUGCCGUUUGUAACGUUCCAGCAUCCUCAGUGGAGGAGACAGCCGACACUUCGCUAUGUUUGAUCCUUAACCUAUACAGACGAGUCACCUGGAUGCACCAGGCUCUCCGGGAGGGAACCCGAGCCUCCAGUGUGGAACAGAUCCGAGAAGUGGCCGGUGGUGCUGCUCGAAUUCGAGGAGAGACACUUGGCAUCAUUGGGCUUGGUCGCGUUGGCCAAGCAGUGGCACUGCGGGCCAAGGCCUUUGGGUUUGGCGUCAUCUUUUAUGACCCCUAUUUGCCUGAUGGCGUGGAGCGCUCCCUGGGCCUUCAGCGCAUGGCUACCCUCCAAGACCUGCUCAUUCACUCAGACUGCGUAUCCCUGCACUGCAGCCUCAACGAGCAUAACCACCAUCUUAUCAAUGACUUCACUAUCAAACAGAUGCGUCAGGGAGCCUUCUUGGUGAAUACAUCAAGAGGCGGCCUAGUUGAUGAGAAAGCACUGGCUCAGGCCUUGAAAGAGGGUCGGAUACGAGGGGCUGCUUUGGACGUCCAUGAAAGUGAACCUUUCAGUUUUUCAACUGGACCCCUUAAAGAUGCCCCCAACCUGAUCUGUACUCCACACACAUCUUGGUACAGUGAGCAGGCCUCGGUGGAGGCUCGGGAGGAGGCGGCUAGGGAAGUGCGCCGUGCAAUUACUGGGCGUAUCCCGGACAGCCUGAAGAAUUGUGUGAAUAAAGAAUAUCUGAUGGCAGCGUCUCAGUGGCCCAGCAUGGAGGCUGCCACUGUUCAUCCUGAACUUAAUGGAGCAACCUACAGAUUUCCCCCAGGUCUGAUCAAUGUAGCCACAGCGGGCGGCCUCCCAGGAGCCGGCGCCGGGGUGGAAAGCCUGGUUUCGGCAAACCUGGCUCACGGCAUUGCGCCCGUCUCGCACCCGCCGCACGCCCCAUCCCCGGGGCAGCCGACUAAGGCAGAAGCAGACAGAGACAUCCCCUCCGACCAAUAA